AUGGCUGCCCUGAUGGACCUACCUAAUGAGAUUCUUAUCUCAAUCCUUGACAUUCUUUCUAUCGUCGACCUUCAAUCGGCUAUCCUGUUACAGCUUAUGAACCGCCGCCUUCACGCACUCAUAAAAGAUAUCUUAUUUGACACUCGGAAGAUUUCGAACAGGAAUGGCGGUGAUGAUGCUGAGGGGAUAGAAAUCAAUCCUCUCUGGAGAACCAAAUUCAAAGGCCUCUUCAAUACGUCAGUUUGUUUCACGGACGCAGAGAGAACUAGAAUGGCAUAUCUAACCCUCGACGGCGACUACACACUGCCUUUCCGUAGGCUUCCGUGGGCACAAACGGAAAGUGAACGUGACGCGUACCUCCGCCCGGGAGCGACCUGGCGCGAAAUUAGUCUUACUUUUGGCCGAGCACCCAUCACUCACCUAGACGUAGUCAAGAGUUAUUUCGCUCAAGGGGGUGAUGUGGUCGACUACUAUCAAGUCGAUCUGCCGCCAUCCGGGAUGACGAUGGGUCUCUUCUACGAUGUUCUGCUAUCCGAGAAGGCCACUUACGGCCACGAGACGGGCAGUUGGGAAUUGAUUGUCGGCCGUCGACUACGUAGUUUCGAUGUCUUAUUCGAAUAUGAAUGUUUCAUCUCGGAUGAUAGAGAUAUGGUCGACGUCGGUAAAGAGGCAUGUCAGGCCGCAAUAUUAUAUGUGCAGGGCGGCCCAGUGAGCCGUAAAUAUACUUCCGACACCGUGGAGGAUAGUUGGGUCCUUAACAGCAAGACGAAUCGGCGGCUACUCCCGUGGCAGGGGCCCAUUCAGAAUUUUAUUUUUACCGGGUAUUACGACUAG